AUGGCGUGGACGUGCUCGGCGUUAUCUAAUGCUUCAAUGAUCCAGAAUCUGGAAAGGGCGGCGCUUCUCUCCACACCGGCGAUCAUCGCGUCACUUCAACGAGUGGAUCGCGGGUGGUUUGUACCGGACGGUAUGCGGAGCUCGGCGUACAGGGACGAACCGUUGUCCAUUGGGUACGGUGCCACUAUAAGUGCUCCUCAUAUGCACGCCAUUAUGCUUGAACUUCUUUCUCCAUUUUUGUUAGGUACUCCUGGGAGCUUGCCCAAGGCAGUUCUGGACAUCGGCAGCGGUAGUGGUUAUCUCACAGCCAUCCUUGCUGACAUCUGCGGGGAUGGAUCACGGGUAGUUGGUGUGGAGCACGUGGAAGAGUUACAGGAACGUUCAUUGAAGGUGGUUCUUCAACACUUUCCUAGCUGGGUGAAUGAAGGCCGCAUUACCUUCAUCAAUGGUGACGGCAGAGACAUAUCAAAGUUAUUUCAUCCGCAUACAACCAUGUUUGAUGUGAUUCAUGUCGGUGCAGCUGCCGCAUCGGUUCCCAAAGAUUACUUGGAAGCAAUAAAACCUGGCGGGUGCCUUGUGAUUCCUGUUGGAAAUGAAAAUGAGGUGCAGCAUCUGCAUCUUUACACAAAGGACGAGAAGGGAACCAUCACGAAAAAAACUCACGGUGGGGUAAGUUUUGUUCCAUUGACGUCGCUGAGGCAUCAAAAAACCCGCAGUUGA